AUGUCGAACCUCAACUCGUGGGAAGAUGAUCCUGCUGCCCAGGACGAUAACCUAUCGCGACAGGCCCAGCAGCAGCUUAACCUCAACCAACACAAUCCUCAAGCCGGUUCGUUCCGCCCUGGCGCUUCGUCUUUCCAGCCAGGCGCUUCGUCUUUCCAGCCCGGUCAGCAAUAUGGUGGCUACGCUCCUCAGUACCAGCAAUACUACAACCAGGGCUACGGUGGUGGCUUUCCCCAGUAUGGAGGCCAGCAAGGAGGCCAGCAAGGAUUUAACCAGUACGGACAAACUGGGUACGGAGGCUAUGGCCAGCAACAGGGCUUCCAGCAGCAAUACGGCCAAGGAUAUCCUCAAUAUGGCCAGCAGCAGCAACAACAACCCCAGGCUCAAACCCAGAAGCCUGCCCCUACCAUUGCCAAGCGUCCCGCCAACGCUCCUGCUUCCACUUCUGAUGCCCCCGCUCCUCAGCCAACAGUGAAGAAGGAGGGCGGUGCUAAGGUCCUGAGCAUCGGUGGUGACGCUCCCAAGCCCAAGGCCAAGGUGCUCUCUAUUGGUGCUACCGCUCCGGCUAAGGAGGAGAAGAAGGAAGAGGCGCCUAAAGAGGAGCCUAAGAAGGAGAUUAACGCAGCAGCUGAGGCCGGAGCCAAGGCUACAGCAACCAAGGCUAUUGAGAAGACGGGAGCUUCGACCACUAAGUCUGGCAAGACUUCUCCUUCUCCCUCGUCUGGUCGCUCUAGCCCUUCUGGCGGUGGCAACAAGGGUGUCGUUCGAGAGGCCGAUGCUGUGCAGAAGGAGCAGACCGCUGAUGUUGACGAAGAGACUCUCAAGGAAAUCUACGGCAAAGAGCACGUCAAUAUUAUCUUUAUUGGUCACGUCGAUGCUGGCAAAUCUACCCUGGGUGGCUCCAUUCUUUACGCUACUGGCAUGGUCGACGAGCGGACGAUGGACAAAUACAAACGCGAGGCCAAGGAGCUCGGCAACCCCACUUGGUACCUCUCAUGGGUUAUGGAUCUGACCAAGGAGGAGCGUUCCAAGGGCAAGACUGUCGAGGUUGGCAGAGGUUUCUUUGAGACGGAAAAGCGUCGCUACAGUAUCCUCGAUGCUCCGGGCCACAAGACUUACGUGCCCAACAUGAUUGGUGGUGCGUCUCAGGCCGAUGUCGGUAUUCUGGUCAUCUCCGCCCGUAAGGGUGAGUACGAGACCGGUUUCGAGCGAGGCGGCCAAACCAGAGAGCAUGCUAUGCUCGCCAAGACCCAGGGUGUCAACAAAUUGAUUGUGGCCAUCAACAAGAUGGACGAUCCUACUGUUGAGUGGUCGCACGAACGUUACAAGGAAUGCACAACCAAGCUGUCUCAGUUCCUCAAGGGCACUGGUUACAACUUGAAGACCGACGUCUUCUUCCUGCCCGUUGCCGCUCAGCAGUCCAUGAAUAUCAAGGAGAGGCUUCCGAAGGAAGUUGCUCCUUGGUGGGAGGGACCCUCUUUGCUCGAAUUCCUUGAUAACAUGAAGGCCCUCGAGCGUAAGGUCAACGCGCCUUUCAUGAUGGCAGUGGCCGGCAAGUACCGCGACCUGGGUACCAUGGUUGAGGGUAAGAUUGAAGCAGGUGUCAUCAAGAAGGGCAUGUCGCUCACCAUGAUGCCCAACAAGCAGAGCGUGGAUGUGUCGGCUGUCUAUGGCGAGACUGAGGAGGAAACCCAGGUUGCGCAAUGUGGUGACCAGGUCCGUAUCCGCCUCAGGGGUAUUGAAGAAGAAGACAUUCUGCCAGGAUUCGUCCUGUGCUCGCCUAAGCGUUUGGUACACAACGUCACGACAUUUGAGGCUCAGAUCCGUAUCCUAGAGCUCAAGAGCAUCCUGACUGCUGGAUUUAACUGCGUGCUGCACGUCCAUGCGGCCAUUGAAGAAGUGACCUUCGCCGCCCUGCUUCAUAAGCUGCAAAAGGGUACCAACAGAAAGAGCAAGCUGCCGCCAUCACACGCUAAGAAGGGCGACAGCAUCAUUGCUCGCAUGCAAGUCAUUGGUGGUGCUGGAUCAGUGUGCGUGGAGAGAUUCGAGGACUACCCGCAGAUGGGUCGGUUCACUCUGAGAGAUCAGGGACAAACCAUUGCCAUUGGCAAGAUUACCAAGCUAAUCACCGAUGAGACGUCUUAA